AUACAAAGUAAAUAUUACAGUCAUCUAUUAAACACUAUUCAGUAAGCCACAAAUCCAGCGAAUAUGAAAUCAACUACCAGCUAUUGCAUCCUAGUCGCAGUCCUGUUCUGCCUUUGUGUCUCGAAUACAGAAGCCUUCGGUCGCAAAGCUAAGAAACUCAAUCCGGAGUUGGAGGCGAAAUUCGAUGUGCUGACCGCUUGGAUUGCUUAUCGUCUCAACUUGAAGCAUGCCAAGGAAGCUUGUAUAGGCGAAUAUGGUUUCACUGAUGAGCUAGCCACCAGCCUAGUAAAAGUACAAGUGGCGAACCCCAGCGACCGUGAGAAGUGCUAUGUCAACUGCCUCUAUACGAAAUUGGUCUUCUACAACAACAAUCAAAUUAAUACGCAAGCAAUGAAGGAAUCCUUGAUUGAAAUUGUGGGUGAAGAACGUUUAUUGCAGAUCGUUAAUUCGUGUUUGAAUGCUGGAGGCGCUAAUGACUGUGAUAAGGUGUAUAAGUUCCAUGCUUGUGCCUCGCCCGAAUUCGAUAAGGUCCGUGGAGACAUCUUCCAACCUGAUGAAUAAACUUUUUAUUUUUAAAGUAAAAACAUUUAUUUAAAAUAUAUUAGUUUAAGUUUUUUUAUACGGAAAUUGUCAAUCACAAACAGUAUUCUAGUUUGGAUUUGAAGACACAAAUAAACAUCUAGAUUUUGGCUGACAAAAAUG